AUGAUAUGUGCUCGGCUGCAUACUUCGGAAAUACCAGAAAAACUACCAUGUAGAGAAGAAGAAUUCAAUCGUAUUUGUGGUUUUAUAAGUAAUUCUAUAGGUAAGGUAGCCAUCUCUCAAUCAAUGUAUAUCAGUGGUGUACCUGGUACGGGAAAAACUGCUACAGUUUUACAAGCUGUGCGCUAUAUGAAAUCUAUUAAAACAAAUCCUCCAUUCAAUUUCGUAAUGGUGAAUGCUAUGGAACUAACGGAACCAAAGCAUAUAUUCGUUGAAAUUUAUAAGCAGUUAUUCUCGGUGAAAAAAAUUUCUCCUUUUUUACUGUCCAAGUUUCUUUUCCUGUGUUCCUAUUCUUUUUUAAUUUUCAAUAACUUGGUUUAUAGCACUGCUCGUCGUAAAUUGAAUGCGAUUCUUCAGUUUAGUGAUCCUAAUCGCUUACCACUUAUCUUACUCAUCGAUGAGAUCGAUCUUUUUUGUGCAAAACGUCAAGAAAUUGUCUAUGAUUUAUUUAAUUGGUCGGCCAAUGAUGAAUUGCGAGUAAGCAUAUUAGCAAUUUCAAAUACUCUUGAUCUUCCCGAGCGAUUCUUCGUAAAGAAAGUUUCGACUCGCGUGGGAACGAAUAGGCUCUGCUUUCAACCAUACGAUCAUAAUGAAAUAGCUUUUAUUAUUGAAGAUCGAUUGAAAGGAUCAGCUGCUGUACAAAAAGAAGCUGUUGAAUUGGCAAGCAGAAAAGUUGCUGCGGUAUAUGGCGAUUUACGCAAAGCUUUAGAUAUUAUCCGACGUGCAGUGGAAAUUGCAAAAAAUUCCAAACUUAAUAAAGUUACAUUGAAAAACGUACAAGAAGCAAUUGAAGAAACAUCUUCAACCCCAGCAAACGAGUUAAUUCACUCUUUACCUUAUCAUUCUGUCCUUCUUCUACAUGCUGCUCUUAGUGAACAACUGUCUUCAGGCUUGGAUGAAUUUCGCUUCAGUGAUAUGAUAAAGCAAUAUCGUUUACAUUGUGCUGACCUUAAUUUAACACCUUUGCCUACCAGUUCUGCUUAUAAAUAUGUUGUGCAAUUGUGCAGGUACUUUGCUAGUUGA